AUGAUGGUAAUGUUAGCAGGAUCCAGCAUAUUACUAGAAGGAAAUGGGGUGACAUCACAACCAAUAUGCCCAAAUGGGGGCACAAACUGUCAAAUACCCACUUCUGCUCUCUUUGACCGUGCCGUAAAACUUUCACAUUAUAUCCAUUCUCUUUCUUCAGAAAUGUUUAAUGAGUUUGAUGAGCGCUUUACUCCAGGUCGUAGGUUUCUAGCAAAAUCUGGAAUAAGCUGCCAUACUUCUUCUCUGAAUACUCCAGAAGACAAAGAGCAAGCCCGACAGAUACAACAUGAAGAUCUGCUGAACUUGGUGCUGAAGGUUCUAAGAUCAUGGAAUGAUCCUUUGGUUCACAUGGUUUCUGAAGUGCAGGAUAUCCGGGAGGCGCCAGACACCAUCCUUUGGAAAGCUGUAGAGAUUGAAGAGCAAACUAAACGUCUACUGGAAGGAAUGGAAAGGAUUAUUGGCAGGAUUCAACCAAGUGACAUAGAAAAUGAAAUUUACUCACUAUGGCCUGGUCCAGCUUCAAUACCAGGAGAUGAAAACUCACGCCUCUUUGCUUUCUACAAUCUACUCCACUGCCUUCGUAGGGAUUCUCAUAAAAUUGACAACUAUUUGAAGCUUCUAAAAUGCCGUCUUAUCCAUGAUGGAAAUUGUUAA